AUGUCGGCACCCACAGCCUCGGGCUCGAGCGCCCGCCAGCUCCCCGUCAACCUGUUCACGCGCGGAGCAUACGCCAUCCCCCAGUCGACCUACUUUAUCCCAUCCGACUGGCGCCGUUUCCAGCUUUCCGAGCUCAUCAACAAGGUCCUCGGCCACGGCAGCGACAGCGGUGCUGCGCCUGUCCCCUUUGACUUUGUCGUCGAGGGCGAGGUGCUCCGCGGCAGCCUGGAGGCGUGGGUCAAGAAGAACCGCGGCGACGACGAGGAGACGGCCAUCAAUGUGGAAUACAUCCAGAGUGUCCUUCCCCCGUCCGAGGUUGGACGUUGGGAGCAGGAGGACUGGGUCUCGGGUCUGAGCCUGGCUCGCAAGGGUCACGUUCUUGUCUCGUCGUACCUCUCGCACGCGCGCGUCCUGCCCCUCGGCACUGAGGGCUCUGCUCUGUACACUCUGCCGCUCCCGACCUCGCUGGGUGCCACCUCGUGUACGUGGGUCUCGCCCGCCGAGGUCACCUCGGACAUUCUGGUCGCGGCCGGCGGCGUCGACCGCGCCGUGCACGUCUUCUCCCUCCCAUCCCUCGACCCCGACGUCGCCGCCAGCGAGGGCUCGACCGCACGCGAAGUGUACACUCUGAUGGGCCACUCGGGCCCCAUUUCCAACGUCAUCGCCUCGUCUUCGGGCCGCGACAUUAUCUCGUCCAGCUGGGACGGCGCCCUGCACCUGUACGCGCUCCCCGAGGAGGAGCCCACCGAGCACAUGCUGCCCGCCGACCCGACGUCGUACCUCCCCGGCCAGAAGAAGAGGCGCAAGAUCGAGGGCGACGCUCAGCGUAUCAUUGAGGGCCUGACGGACGGCGACGCGACCGGCGACAAGGGACAGGGAUGGAGGCGUGCCCCCGACGCCGUGUUCCGCGGCCACGCUGGACGGAUCGGCGGCGCUGUCUGGGACCGCGAGGACGAGACCCGUGUGUGGUCGGCUGGAUGGGACGGCAGCAUCCGUGGAUGGGACGCCGAGAGCGGCGCCAACGUUCUUGUUAGGCAAGGACCUAGCGACAAGGCUCUCCUCUGUGUGGACCAGUUUGGCCCCUCGGGCACGCUCGCCGCAGGCUCGAUGGACCGCACCGUCACGCUCUGGGACACGCGCCAGGCCACGUCGGUCAUUGCGCAGACGCUCAACGUCGGCUCGCCCGUGCCGUCGAUCGCGUGCCACCCGACCUCCAACUUUACUUUGGCCACGGCGACGUACGCCGGCGCGUGCCAGAUCUGGGACGUGCGGUCGCCCAAGCACGCCCUGUUCUCGGUCCAGCGCAAGCGCGACGAGAGCAGCCGCACCGUCACCAAGAACGGCAAGGUGCUCGGCGAGCGUCUCCUCGCUACCGCCUGGGACGGCGAGGUGCUCGUCGCCGGCGGCGAGGAUGGCGAGGUCGGCAUCUGGCACGCUCGUGGCCAGUAG